AUGGACAAUGAUGAGCUUCUUGAGUCCGAGACGAAAGAUGAGUCUGACACCGAGAUCUGGCCUGUGCCAGCUUCCCAGAACAGUGACGAAAUGCUCUACUGUGAGGCCGAAGCUUCCUCGACUGUGGAGAAAGAGAAGCCAGCCCGGGAGAGUUCAGAAACAGACCUAGAGAUAGAAGAUACUGAGAAAUUUUUCACCACUGGACGAAAGGAGCUGUACCUGGAAGCCUGCAAACUGGUGGGUGUAGUGCCCGUCUCCUACUUCAUCCGGAACAUGGAGGAGUCCUACAUGAACCUCAACCACCAUGGGCUGGGGCCCAAGGGCAUCAAGGCUAUUGCUAUAGCCCUGGUGUCCAACACGACUAUUGUGAGCCUGGAGCUGGAAGACAACUGCAUCAUGGAAGAGGGCAUCUUGAGCCUGGUGGAGAUGCUACAAGAGAACUACUACCUCCAGGAGAUGAAUAUUUCUGACAAUAAUCUUGGUUUGGAGGGAGCCAGAAUCAUCUCAGAGUUUCUGCAGAGAAAUACCUCAGCACUCUGGCACCUUCAGCUUUCAGGAAACAACUUCAAGGAAGAAUCUGCAGAGUUCUUCUACCAAGCCCUGUCGGCCAAUUACCGAAUUAAGAAACUGGAUCUCAGUCACAACGAGUUCUCUGAUAAAGGAGGAGAACAGCUGGGACAGAUGCUGGCCCUCAAUGUAGGGCUCCAGGCGCUGGAUCUGAGCUGGAAUCACUUCCACAUACGGGGAGCUGUGGCCCUGUGCAGUGGUCUCCGGACACUGGAUCUUUCCAUGAAUGGCUUUGGGAACGAAGGGGCCCUGGCCCUGGGGGAGGUCCUCAGACUCAACAGCUCCCUGACCUACCUAGAUAUUAGCAGCAACGACAUCAGCAACGAAGGAGCCACCGGAAUCAGCAGAGGGCUGGAGUACAAUGAACACCUCAGGGUCCUGAAGCUUUUCCUGAACCCUCUAACUAUGGAAGGGGCUACUUUACUGAUCAUGUCCAUCAAGAGGAACCCCAAAUCCAAGAUAGAAGAGCUUGACAUUUCCAAUGUGCUAGUGUCUGAGCAAUUCCUGAAAAUGUUGGAUGGAGUGUAUGCCAUUCACCCACAGCUGGAUGUGAUAUACAAGGCCAUGCAAGGCUCCACUAGCAAGAAAUCCAUCUUCUUGUGGACAGACCCCUUGAAACUGAUCCAGAACUAUGUGGACCAGCGCAAAAUCACAGUCUUGGACUUCUUCCAGAGCCUGAACCCUGAUGGAACGAUGAUGAUGCCCGUGGGCGAGUUCCGGAAGGCUAUGAUCCAGCAAAACAUGGUACCUGUAAACCGACACCAAAUCAGGGAGCUGAUAAAGAUGAUGGACGAGAAGACGGGCAUGGUGAACUUCAGGUCAGCCCAGGCCCAAAGGCCAUUCCCCUCCUGGCUGCUGCCCCUUGCAAGCCCCAUCUCUCUACUAGGGGCCCUGGCCUGA